CUUGGAGUCCUCAUUGUCUACUUAAUUUAUAGCAUAUCUCUUUCAUUUUUGAUCAAUUCUCCAACCAUGAACGCUCUUUCGCAAAGCUCCCCGAGACCUGUGAAAAUCACGUACUCUCGCAAACAGAAGAGAAACAGAGUUAAUUCUACUGAGGACUCUGAGACUCGAUCUGCCCAGGAAUCUGAUAUCAGCCAGACUGACGAUGAAGAGACAGUGACAAAACCUAUUAGUGUGAAAAGUUCCCCAGUCACUGCAAAGAAGCUUUCGGAUAUGAAGCCACCAGAAAGUGUAGUCCCAGUCGCGUCACGAUCUUCCGGGUCUUCCAAGCGCCCUCGCGUCGACCAGGAUAUUCCGGACAACGCAUCCAUGAAGAGCCAGAAGGGUCAUACACGCAACAAAUCUUCGGUAGCCUCUCUUCCUCCUUCAAGUAAGAAGAAGCCUACGUCUAUGAGAGGACACAAACCGAUAUCCUCCAUAUCUCAACAACAAACUUGUCCUUCAGAGUCCGAUUUCGACGAUAGCGCCUCUGUUGCUGAUUCAAUCAUCAGUGUCAACCGGGUUCGCCGCAGUGAAAAUGAGCGCAUCGAGUAUUUCAAGAAUCAGCCCGAGUGCGGUUCCCUUGAACCUAACCGGGUCAAGUGCCUAAGAUGCCAAAAGUAUGUAGCUUUAGGCAAACAGACGACAUACAGCGUGCGUCCUUGGGAAAAGCAUCGCGCAAGAUGCGACCUCAAGCCUGCUGUUGAACAUCAGGCUAGUCCUGACGGCACAAACGAAGAUACCCGUUCGGAAGCCACUCACACUUCUCGAACGCGGAAAACAGAGGAAGAGCGUAAGGGAAUCCUUUUUGCAGAUCCAAACAUUCAGGAGGUCGAAAAGGAUAAGGUUCUAUGCAAGAAAUGCAAUUCAUGGAUCCGUCUGGGUAGCUCUCGAUAUGAUCUUGGUAACUGGAAGUCACAUAGUAAGGCCUGCGGUGCUCCCAUUCCAAGUUCGAGGGUAGCCACAGCUGAACGAAAACUCAAGCUUGUCAACGAUGAGCGGGCAACAUCAUUCGGCGUCAACCAUGUCAUAUGUGCCGCCUGUAAUACUACAGUAGCACUUAUGAAUGACGUGGACUACAAUCUCACACUCUGGGAUGAACAUAAAGCGGGCUGCCCUGAACCUGAAUCCAAAAACGGAUCUCCUGAGUCGAGCAGUAUACCUUUUCCCACGCAAGGUGCAAAGGCACCUGCAUCUACUGGAUCUUCAUCGACAGUGGUGUCCCCGGAGGAAACUGUUUCAAGAGGCGUAAAGAGGCGCCUUGAGGACUGUGAAGUAGAUCUCCCUCCAGAUGAUCCCGAUGCUAGGCCCCAGAAUCGGCCUCGCACCGAAGAAUAUGUCGCUCCUGACACAGAACCUGGAGUGUUUGGAUGGUUCAUGAUGCCUUUCAAAUCUUUCGUACGAGGAUUCAAGGAAAGCUUAAGCAAGGACGCGUCGACGUCGGCUUCCUGAUCCUCGAACUACUCGCGUAUUGUACCCUUUUUAGUACGCUGUGCACACUCUUUCUCUAAUUAAAUAAUGAUAUCCGCUCAUUCCUUAGUAUUUUGUUUAUAUAUAUAAAUGUAUUCGUUCUUUAUUGCUU